AUGUUACUGUAUCUCAUAGAAGCAGGACAUCGGCUGCCCUGGCUCCCCUGCUUGGCCUGGGGCAGGCUCGGGGUGAGGUCUGUGUUGUGUGGAGGUUACAUUGGGGCUGGUGUGGCAGGCUGGCCCUGCCUCGGCACGGCCUGGACUAGGACCCAUCGGGAAAUGAGUUCUCUGGUUUACCCCAGCUUGGGCAUGAAGGACCAUAAAGCAGUGACCAUCCUCCAUUACCCUGGGGCAGGCAUGAGCGCUAACAAGGUCAGCGGUGGUCCCCAUAUAGCCAGUGUGGGCAUGAUGUCUCCCUCUGCAGGUCCACCGCCCUCCAAGCAGUCUGCCUUCACCCUGCAGACAGCCCCUCACCUGCUGGCCAGCAUGCAGCUGCAGAAACUCAACAGCCAGUAUCAUGCCAUGGGGGUCUCAGGGCACCCAGUUGAGGUUGGUUCCAUCCAGAACUGGGGCUUUGGGGCCCAGCCCCUAGGACAAGGAACACUGGCUCCCCCUGCUGGCACCCACAACCCAGGCAUUAUUGAUUCGGAUCCCGUGGAUGAGGAGGUACUGAUGUCGCUGGUCGUGGAACUGGGUCUGGACCGGGCUGAUGAACUCCCAGAGCUGUGGCUUGGCCAGAAUGAGUUUGACUUCACUGCAGAUUUUCCUUCCAGCUGCUGAUGCCAAGCAGACCUUGACAGCAGACACCUCAAGGAAAUGACUCUUACUACAGGGAUGGUCACCAAGGGCUGGCGCAAUGGACUGGGCAUGUCAGCCAACCCCUCUGAUUCCAAAGGUCUUGCAGCCUGGUUCCUACCACAACUGAUUCCCUCUGGGAGGAUGCAUUCAUGCCGUGGCUGAGCUAUGCAGAGCAGAUGGGCACUUAGAAACUACAGCUUCUCUAUGGCUGGUGCUGCUCUGAGCCAGAGUACUGGGCAAGGCAGGCAGUGGAGUGCCUGGAGAGCUCACUUCUUUGGAGAGGGGAAGAAUUUCCUACAAGAUGGCUGGCUGUUGCUGGAAGUAGACAAAAGCCAAUGACCUGCCAGCUGGUGCUCCCUAUUCUUGAUGCUGGAUUGAUAGGUGAAAGCAGCAGUAUGGAAGCUGGUACUGUAGAAAUGGAGGGUCACACAUCACAUAAGCUUCUGUCUUGCACUGAUGAGGCAACCAGGGGAGGGGUCACAGUGUUACCUGAACUGAUACUCGUAAUGGGAAUGACCCCAGAGGCUGUGCUGCUGAGGAGGCGGCAAUUGAUCUCGCGGUGAACUCUCAGCACACGAAUCUGUUGUGCAUGGGGGUGAGGAGCCUAGUAUGCUUCCUGCAGAAAGCCACAAAGCAGUCUUUCUUUUUUAAAUAAAAUUUUAAAGAAAUGGGGCUGCCUGGGAGCUGGUUCCAGUCUGGUGGGCUGCUUUUGACAUGCUUCUCUCUCUAGUACAGCCAUGAGGCAGGAUCUGCUGGUGCCCCUGUAGGGCUGGAUCCUGAUCUUGCCCUGGGUGACUCCAUAAACUUCAGUGACCUGUUGCUGUGUGAGUGAGACCCACAACUGAGUAGGGAGAGGAGCUAACAUGGGGCCUCUCCCCUAAGUUGCAUACCGGCAGUGCUGUUUUUGACCCUACACUGCACCUGUUGCAUCUUCUCACAGCCCUCUGCAAAUUGCUGAGCAUGCUACUUUGCGGUGUUUGCUGCAGAGCAUGCUGGGAUAAUCUUGAAUAAAAGCCGUAAGGGGGGAAGCUCUUCUGGGGAUGUUGCACCCCCUUGAGAGCCAAGGGGGCGGGCAGGAGCAACAGUUGCCAUGGCUAUGCAAAGCGGCAUAAGGGGAUCCUCAUCCUCGUAAAACACUAAAGAGCUCAACUGCUCACAGGUAAGUGUGGGCCAACCAUGAGCACCUCGCUUUGUGGCAUAUUUCCUAAUGUUUCUCUUAACUGCAAAGCUAAUUCAAGAUUGCCCUUACCUCAGGUUGGGUUCUCUUGUACACACGUACACAGUCUCUGGACUCGUGUGGUGGUGCUCUUAACUGGAGGUGUCUGGCCCAAGGGAGUUACAGGCCACAGCUCCAAGUGAGGCCAGCUGACGGACCCAAAAAAACUUGACUGUCAUCUGAGCAGCUUUCCAGUGUGAUCCCAGCAGCUCCAGCGUUACUUCACAGUGUGGCAGGUGGAUAAAAAUCACAAUUUUUUUUUUA